UAUGAAUUAUUUCUGUUUAUGACAAAGGUGGAGAAUGGAGUAGAAAAUUUGAAAUAUUGACCUGUCUCUGCCACGAGGCAGUGACAGAAAGUAAGCAAUCAGGAGUUGAUUUGGAGUAACAUGAUGGAAAUCACAGAAGAAAACAAUCCUAGUCGAAGUCCACUAAACAAAGAUGGCGCACCAAUGUUCUUUGUUGGAGAGGAUAUUCUCAUCAAAGGAAAGGGUGAGAAUGCUUUGUUUGAGGAGCUGCCAGAGGGCAAGAGAAUCAUCCUGGGUGUUUGUGCCAUGCAAAAGAAAUCUAACUCCAAACCAAUGCAUGAGAUUAUAGAUCGUCUGGAGAAGUUCAUGCAGAUCCAGGCUACUAUAUUUGAUGAAGAUGUAAUCCUGAACAAACCAAUCGAGGAGUGGCCUAUAGUAGAUGUACUGAUUAGUUUUUUCUCGGCAGGAUUCCCGCUGGACAAGGCCAUUCAAUACACUAAACUUAGACAGCCUUUUGUUAUUAAUGACUUAGAAUCUCAGUACAUACUUCUUGACAGAAGAGAAGUGUACAAGACAUUGUUUCAAAAUGAAAUCCUACAUCCACGAUAUACAGUAUUAAACAGAAAAGAAGAUGACUCCACAGAGUCUCAAGUCGUGAUCUCAGAUGACACAAUAGAAGUAGAUGGAGAGACGUUUCACAAACCUUUUGUAGAGAAACCUGUGUCAGCCGAGGACCACAAUAUCAUUAUUUAUUUUCCCCAGUCAGCUGGCGGGGGGAGCCAGAAACUAUUUAGAAAGGUUCAUGAUGGUCACCCACCUCCCCCCUACACUUGCUAUGGGCUGUGGAACUAUUUAGGCCAAGACUCAAUUCCUAUUGGUUCCAGAAGUAGUGUAUAUUCCCAUCAUAGCAGGCUUAGAAAGACAGGGUCAUAUAUCUAUGAGGACUUUAUGCCUACAGAUGGAACUGAUGUCAAGGUAUACACUGUUGGACCAGACUAUGUCCAUGCUGAAGCUCGCAAGUCUCCAGCCCUGGAUGGUAAAGUAGAGCGUGAUGAACACGGGAAGGAGGUGCGAUACCCUGUGUUACUGAGUGCCAAGGAAAAAAUGUUAGCAAGGAAAGUCUCACUGGCUUUCAAGCAAACAGUGUGUGGUUUUGACUUACUGAGGGCAAAUGGGAAAUCUUAUGUCUGUGAUGUCAAUGGAUUCAGUUUUGUCAAGAAUUCUACAAAGUAUUAUGAUGACUGUGCCAAAAUACUUGGAACUAUGAUAAUGCGAGCUCUUGCCCCCCAGCUUCACAUUCCCUGGCUACUUGGAUCCGCCCCUGAGGAUAUUCCUGUAGUUCCAACGACAUCUGGAUCUAUGAUGGAGUUGAGAACAGUUGUUGCUGUAAUUCGACAUGGAGACAGAACACCAAAACAGAAAAUGAAGAUGGAAGUAAAGCAUAGAAAAUUUUUUGAGCUCUUUGAGAAAUAUGAUGGCUACAGAAAAGGACAUUUAAAACUAAAGAAGCCGAAACAACUACAGGAAGUAUUAGACAUUGCUCGAUUUCUACUGUCGGAGAACGAAGCUUCGCAGGAUCCGGAGAUCUGUGAGAAAAAAGUCAAACUCCAACAGCUAAAACUGGUGCUAGAAAUGUACGGUCAUUUCUCAGGAAUAAAUCGCAAAGUUCAGCUGAAAUACCAGCCAUUUGGACAUCGUAAAUCUAAGCGCUCUUCUAGUGAAGAUGAUGAUGUACCUCACCCCCCAUCUUUACUUCUAAUUGUUAAGUGGGGAGGGGAGUUAACUCCAGCGGGUAAAGUGCAGGCAGAGGAACUAGGGAAAGCGUUCAGGACACUCUACCCAGGAGGUCAAGGACAGUUUGAAACACCAGGCCUUGGAUUUUUAAGGCUGCACAGUACUUUCCGACAUGACUUAAAAAUCUAUGCAUCAGACGAAGGCAGAGUUCAAAUGACAGCUGCAGCAUUUACAAAGGGUCUUUUAGCAUUGGAGGGAGAAUUACCCCCGAUAUUGGUCCAGAUGGUGAAAAGUGCCAACACCAAUGGUCUACUGGACAAACAAGGGGAAACCUCCAAAUAUCAACAAGUUGUGAAAGAGAGAUUGACACAGAUGCUGAAUGAGGACAGAGAUUUUAGUGGAGAGGAUUAUGAAAAGUUGGCUCCCACAAACAGCGAAUCUCUCAUUAAAGCCCUGGACUUCAUUAAAAACCCUGGGAAACUGUGUGAACACGUGUAUGCCAUGGUGAAGGAGCUGACAGCUAAAAUAAGGACACUAAAGCUGGAGCACAGGACCAGAGAUCUGAAGCUUUAUCAUGGAGAAUCCUGGGAGCUGUUGAUUCGUAGAUGGGCCAAACUGGAGAAGGAUUUCAAAAUGAAAGGCGGCAGAUUUGACGUCAGUAAGAUUCCUGACAUAUAUGACUGUAUCAAGUACGACCUACAGCACAACCAAAAAACAAUACAAUAUGAGAGAGCCAAGGAGCUGUUUGAAUGUUCUAAAGCACUGGCAGACAUUGUUAUUCCUCAGGAGUAUGGAAUUACACUAGAUGAGAAGCUCCACAUUUCACAGAGUGUGUGUACCCCUCUGAUGAGGAAGAUCCGGAGUGACCUGGAGCAGUGUGUUUGUCCAGAUGACGAGGAAGAGAGCACAAGGCUAAACUCACUGUAUUCCUUAGGAGUUGCCUCCCCUGAAAGAUUUGUCAGGACUCGUCUAUACUUUACCAGUGAGAGCCACAUUCAUUCUUUGUUAAACAUGCUCAGAUAUGGAGGUCUCAGAGAUGAGGCAUCUGAUGAGCAGUGGAAGAAAGCAAUGGAUUUUAUAAACAAUACACCAGAGCUGAAUUACAUGUCCCAAAUCAUUGUAAUGAUGUUUGAGGACCCAAGCAAGGGUACCUCAUCAGAACGCUUCCAUGUUGAGCUCCAUUUUAGCCCUGGGGCAUAUAGUUAUGGAGAAAAGGGAUUCCAUUACCCCUUGGUUCAUUCCAGGUCCAUGGCCUACAAAAAUUCAAAUAAUCCACUGAUGAAGCUGGAUGUUGCAAAAGAAUUGUCAGAAGAGAGAAAGCUGUACAAACAUGGACAUUAUGAAUGGUCCAAAAGUCCUAAGGACUAUCAAAAUCGACCCGUGUCAGCUCCAAUGAUUAUACAGGAACAGGAAGAGCUGGAGGAGGCUGAUAUCUUUGAGCAUGCUCAUAAUAGUGUCCAAAACAGUGAGAAAGUAAACAGCAAUAUUGGAGCAGAUCAGGGGGACCACAGCAGUGAGCUUAUCAAAGAGUCAAAGUUCACUUUGGAACCAGUCAAGGAUUCAAAGUUCACAUUGGAACCAGUCAAGGAGUCAAAGUUUAAGACUGAACUUGUGAAAGAGUCAAAGUUUGUAAGCGAACCAGUCAAGGAGUCAAAGUUCACAACUGUAAAAGUUCCAGAACAAAAGUCUCCUAAAUGUAACCCUGACAUUCCGGAAUGGGACUGGGGAAGUGACCCAGAACAUGAAGAGGAAAAAAAUCUCCAGGAGAAGCCAGCUAGCCUGCCCAUUGCAUCUGUUUCUGAACCAAUAGAAAUUCAGUCUCCAAACUCAAACCCAGACUUAGAAUUAUCAGCUGUCCAGGAAGCCAAAUCUAGAGUUCGAUUCAGUGGUCCCGAGCCAGUCAGAUCACAGAGUCUAGAGGAGAAGAGAAGCAAAAGUCUUGAGGAUAAACCAGCUGAACCCAAAGUAGAUAGACAUUCACUCUAUGACAGACAUUAUUUGACUGUUCAUCUGCCACUGGCAAGUGACAAAAGAAGAAACUCCUGCUCAAGUUUAUUUUAUUUGAAUCCAGAGGCUUUCAAAGAAAACUACAUCAUACAGAGUGAGAUGAACAGAGCUAGAUCUGCUUCUGUCUUGGGGCCUAGUAAUCCGGCAUUUGAAGGAUUUAACAUGGUGCCCAGUCUGCAUCCACUGGAAACCUUGCAUAACAAAUUAACGAUGAAGGAGCUGGAUGAUUUCUUAAAGAGGGCAACUACAUGCAAGUUUGUGACACCCAUUUCUUCACCUCCAUACAGUUAUACACCAUUGGCCUCACCUCACAUACCUGUCACAAGAGCACAGAAAGGAAACCAGUCAUCCAGCAAUUCUUCCACUGGUCCUAGUUCUCCUGUGUCAGGAAUGGGAAGCCUGGUCCUGAGCAGAUUACAAGAAGCUGCAAUGUACAUAUUCCAGAGACAAGACAGUAAUCAAGAGGACCAGACGAGCUAGCAUAGAGUCUCAGGGCCAGGAGGUUCCCAGUCCUGAUAGCAGCCGGGCUAAAAUUCCAGAUCUGAAUAGAAGGGACCCAAGGAAGUUAAACGUCUUGUUAUACAUGUACAAUGUUGUUUUCAUCAGUUGUUAAUACAUGUAUUAAAUGUUGUGAUGCUACAUAAAAUUAAAAUUGAUUAAUUUUUAUUUAUCCAAGGAGAUGAAGAUAUCUGAAUCACAUUUUUUGAAAAUAAAUAAAUGAUGUGAUAAUUAAGUGGUCUGUUCUUGAAGGUUUAUGUUUUGUUUUUAAGUCAUUUUGAUAGUGAGAGUCAUGAAUGUACCUGUGUAUUCUUUAUCUUGUAAGUUAUUACUGAUUUAUAAUUCAGUAUUUACAGUUGCUUAAGAAAUCCUUUGUUACAUGUUUGCAAUAAGUCUUAAUUUGUUUUGAGGUACAUGUACUAGUAUAAUCGUGUCAUAGAGAAAUGUUUCUAAUAUAUUUUAAGGCAAAUUUUAUACAUAUCAGUUCAGGGUCCAGAAAGUUGGGAAGAGGGAUCAAAAGUAAAUGUACAAAACAGGUUUGCCACAGAAAAAAACAAUUACAGCUUUUUGAAGGUCAUUAUGAGCCACGUUUAUUUGAAAUGAAGGGUUUUCUUAAAAAAAAGGGGGGGGGGCAGGCUCCUUUUGUCUUGUUAUAAGAUAAAAGUGUGAAAUAUACCACGUGCACUGUCUUUUUAAUAAAUUGCAUUUAAGAUGAAUGACAUAGUUUAAAGCAAUUAAAAUAAUUGGAAGUUUCAA